UUGAGCGGUCUCUUGAAUUAUGCGUUACACUAGCCCUAUCCGGAUGAUUGUUUUAGUCGGUAUAUAUUUUCAAUCUAUAUUAUAGUUUGAUGUUGCAAUGCAAUGCCCAAUGAUUAACCAAAAUUGUAUACUUGUAUUACACUGUUCAUAUUGUUCAUUUAAUACACUCCUUUUAUCAAAUUUAAUCAAUCAUUUUAAGACUGCUCAUUCCAGUGCUAAUUGUUUAUUCAGUUUAUAUCAAUGUCGACAUUGUCAGCUGAUAUCUACAUCUUGUCCAGUGCUUACUGAACAUUCAUUAAUAAAUCAUAUUGAAAAGGAGGUGUCAAUUCAGUGUAUAUAUCAGAAUCAUUCAGGAAAUCCAAUAUUCACAGGCGAACCAAUGUACGAAUGUUUGCUUUGUUCAUUCAAAGCCAAAGAAGUUAAAAAUUUAACUUUACAUUAUUUCGCUUUUCAUGGUAUCAAAAAUGCCAGUCCGAAUUUAACCAAGCAUUUAUCAUAUGACUAUUCAUCAGGUUUUUAGAUUAACUUAUAACUUUCAUGAUGCUAAAUCAUUAUUUUUAAAUGAUAAACGCAAUGCAUUUGUUGAUAUCAGUCAAGAAGACGGGGAGAUGAGUUCACAUUCAGUUGGAACAGAAAGUGGUAGUCGCUACUCCAGAGGAUCUCACCAUAGUUCAUCUCAAGUCAACAAUUGUUUAAUGCCAUAUAAAUGCACUCACUGUGGAAAUGCCUAUCACAAAAGAAAAUAUUUUGCAGAACAUGUUUUCUCCUGUUCAAAAUCUUUGCAGUUAACAUGUCCAUGUGGUCGUGUUUGUAAAUGGCGAUCGAAUUUCUAUGCGCAUAGAAAAUCGUGCGCUGUUUAUAAACAGCUUGUAACCGGUGGCAGUCAUCAUUCAGUUUUUCGUCGUCGUGGUCUCACUAUAUCUAAAUCAGAGGCCAAUGAUGACUCCGACAGUAUUGCUAAAGAAUCUGUCAGUUCCAGUGAACAUCUUCUUGAUAUGUCAACUAAUUCAAAAGAUCCUACCUGUUUAAAUAUCAUCGAUUCAAACAGUCUAACUCCCCUAGUUUCUUCAUCUGCUGUCACUGAAGUCAAUUCCCAGUCUAGUGCAGAUUCUAGUACUGAUGUAUUUAGAAAUCAUUCUGAUUCCCUUCAAACCUCCCUGACAUACAUUACCACACCGAUUUCAUCGAUAUCUACAUCAAUUCCAACUUAUGUAUCCAAUACAAACAAUGAAACUAGUAAUAUAAGUCUUGUUGGCCUACCCAGUAAUACCUUGGUCACUUCCACUUCUAUAAUUCAUGCAUUAAGUCAGACAUCUUCGAAUUUAUCUGUAUUAGUGGAUACACGUUGUCCUGUCAGCAGUUAUCCAUCGAAUCAAAUGUCUGAGUGUAGUGGUGGUGGUGGUACCACUUCAGAGAGUGGAUUUAUUCAGUGUGUAUCAGGCAAAAGUGAACCACUUAUCAUGUUUCCCGGUAUGUGAUGAUGACGGUGAUGUGUUAGUGAUUUUAUUUCCAUUUCAAUAUUCUUAUUAUUCUCGUACAAAUAAUCACUGUCUGUGAGUUUAAUUAAAACAAAAAUGCUGUUGUAAUUCUUCAAAUUAUAACACACUCUCCCUGCUACUACUACUACUACUUCACAAAGAUUUGUUUUUUUUUUCGAAAAAUUCAAUCCCAAUGAAAUCGACGACUUCAUUGACACACUUUCAUUAUCUGUAUCAUAUGUGAAAUAGUUGAAUUCUCAUUUCCAUUACUUUCUAUUCUUUUACUUGACUUGUGUAUAAAAUAUUAUUUCUUAUUUACCAUUUUUUUAUAUACAUUUACAUCUCUCUCUCUUUCUGAGCUUCUGUUUACAAAUAAAAUCGUGUAAAGCAUCAGAUAAAAAAAGAAGCAGUUGGAUGAGUUUUAUAUGUUUCUCUUAGCACAUUUGAGAUUAACAGAGCAAUAGGAUGAACUUCACUUGCAAGUGUAUCGCACACCAGGCCAUCUUUUCAGCUGGAAGCCGAAUUGGGCAACAACGAGUUGGGGCGUCCAAGAGUGAUAUGAAGAAGAUAGACUGAGAAGGAGAUGAGAGCACUUGUGAGGCCAGCUGAAAAGAACGGCAGAGAAUUGCGGAUUAAGUGGAGAUGUGCUGUUGUGGUGAAGCCCACAUUAGGAACCCAAGGGGGUUGGGAUAAUAUUAUUGAAAUUCAUCUGCAUUCAAUCUGCUGAAUGAAUUCAAGUCUUGUUUACAUGAAUUCUUAUGAAAAUAGUCUUGUAUGUGUAUAUAAAACAAAUUAUAUAAGCUUUCAAGCUGUCAAUAAAAUAUGCAUUCAUUCAUGUGAAUGCAAAAUGUUACAAUAAAUUGAGAUUUUUAAUCUU